CACUGCGAGGGUGUUCCCAGUCGGGGUCCUGCGGGAAGAUGGCUGCCUCCUUGAGACUGGGCUGUCAAGGGAUCGUUAGGUCAUUGGUGGCGGGUCUCCGGAGCCGGGGUUGUGAAGGUGGCUUGAGAGUUCUGCACACCACUGGAAGAUGGAGGGGGGUUCCGUCCGUUCAGGUUUUCAUGCCAGCUUUGUCUCCCACUAUGGAAGAAGGAAACAUUGUAAAGUGGCUGAAGAAAGAAGGUGAAAUAGUGAAUGCCGGCGAUGCCUUGUGCGAGAUCGAAACCGACAAAGCGGUGGUUACCAUGGAGUCCAGCGACGACGGCGUGUUGGCAAAAAUAAUGGUAGAGGAAGGAAGCAAGAACAUACGACUCGGGUCACUGAUUGCACUUUUGGUUGAAGAAGGUCAAGACUGGAAGCAGGCUGAGGUUCCCAAAGUUACAACCCCUCCACCCCCAAGCCCUGCACCUGCCACCACCCCUGUUCAGGUGUCCGAGCAGAAGGCUCACCCGGUGCCAUCAAAACUUGGUCUCCGCGUGAGUCCAGCCGCCAGACACAUCCUGGACACUCACGGGCUGGAUCCCAAAACUAUCGUGCCUUCAGGACCUCGAGGGAUCAUCACCAAAGAGGAUGCCCUGCGAGUCCUGGCCAACAAGAAGGAGCCCGUCGGCGCCCCGGCGCAAACGGUUCCACGUUCCCAGCCGGAGAAGACGCCAGAGCCACAAGUGGCGCCAACACCAUCUGCAUUUCAACGUCCAGCCAUCCCUCCCAUGUCUAUCCCUGGGAAGCCCCCUGUCGCGGGAACCUUUUCCGAAAUACCAACCAGCAACAUUCGAAAGGUCAUCGCCAAGAGGUUAACGGAAUCGAAGUCCACCAUCCCUCACGCCUACGCCAGCGCGGACUGUGACCUUAGGGCAGUUCUCAAGCUGAGGAAGGAGCUGGCCAAAGAUAAUAUUAAAGUAUCCGUGAAUGACUUUAUCAUCAAAGCCACAGCCGUCACUCUCAAACAAAUGCCCGAAGUGAACGUCACUUGGAACGGCGAAGGUCCGAGGCUGCUGGACUCCAUCGAUAUCUCCAUCGCUGUGGCCACCGAGCGCGGCCUUAUAACUCCCAUCAUAAAACAGGCGGCCGGCAAAGGGAUUGCGCAAAUCGCCGAGUCUGCAAAGGUCCUGGCACAGAAGGCUCGAGCUGGAAAACUUUUACCUGAGGAGUAUCAAGGAGGAUCGUUCAGUAUCUCCAACCUUGGCAUGUUUGGCAUCACCGGGUUCAGCGCGGUAAUAAACCCGCCGCAGUCCUGUAUCCUGGCGGUGGGAACAUCCCGGGCCGAGCUCACCCUGGGCGAAGACGAAGAAGGGAAUCCGCUGAUUGUCCAGAAGCAGCUCUUGAACGUCACUUUGUCCAGCGACGGCCGGCUGGUGAACGAUGAACUGGCGUCCAAGUUCCUGGAGAAAUUCCGAAGCAACUUGGAAAACCCGAUGAAUUUGGCUCUGGUUUGAGCUGGAGGAAAGAGGUUUAAUAUUAAUAAUGUAUAAAUAUUUAGUGCAAGCGUACAGAGAUUGCUCACGGUGGAUUAAUAAAAGCAGAUUAACUUAUUACAA